AUGUCCUAUCCUCCUGCUAGGGGUCAUCCUUUAAAUCCUAAUACUGUUGUAGAUCGUGAUUGUCUUACAGCUCCAUUGAAUGGGGGUCCAGGUUGUCCAGCUAAACCUUUCCCUUGUGGUGGUUACCCAGUUGAUUCAGCAUUUGGUGUCACUUUUAACGCUGGUCAAGUAUUUGAAGUACAAUUUCAAAAUCCUGGUGUUCCAAAUCCUACUGAUACUAGUGAUCAAGGUCGUCAUAAUGGUGGUUUAUGUGAAUUUGCAUUAUCAUAUAAUGGUGGUAGUACCUGGACCAAAAUUGCCACUUACCACAGAACAUGCCCUGACGUUUUCUACAGAUGGCCAGUCAAAAUUCCCGAAAAUGCUCCAACUUGCGAUACACUUGGUCAAUGUAUACUUAGUUGGUCUUGGAUAAACGCUCUCGGAAAUCGUGAAUUCUAUCAAAAUUGUGCUGACGUGAGAAUUAUGGGACAAUCUACUACACCAUUACCAAUAAUAGAUAUUACCAAAGCCAAUUUACCUGAGUUUGGAACUACUCUUACCCCAGAAGGAGAUCCAGCCAAUACUGGAAAUGCGAGGGGUUCAGGUCCACUUGCGGAAGAUGUUACAGCUAAUUUACAACCAUUUGCACCAGGAACUACAAAUACUCAACCAUCACCCAAAAAGCCAUCACCAUCAUGUGAAGAAGGAAUAAUCAGAUGUGUAAGAAACAACAGAAGUCCUUAUUAUAUUGCUUGUCAUAAUGGAAAGAAAACUACUCUUAAAUGUAAAGGUCGUUCGGAGAACCUGAAAACUUUUAAAAAUGCUGCUAAAGUGCAUAAAACAAAAAAUGAUAAACCUGCAGUUAUUGUUUAUGAUAUUGUAUGUCGGUUGGUUCAUCAGAAUCCAGAAAUCCUUUAUUUCCUCCAAGGCGAUGCCAAAGAUAAUGCCGAUAUUGGAACAUACAUUGCGGUGUUUGUCAGUAAUGAAGGAGUUGCCCUGAGAAGAAUGGAAUCUCAUAGUGCCCGGUCUCGUGCACAAACGCCAGUGGAAGUUGGUGAUUUUAACGAGGAAGAAUCAAUGAGAUAUUUAGGAAAGCUGGAGGAAGUGGCAAAUAAAUUUAUGGAUGGACAAUCCUUCGAAGAGAUUUAUAUUGAUUCAUUUAGAAAAUUAUUCGCGAAUGAGGAGGAAUACAUUGGAGUUUUAAAAGAUACAUUCGGGAAAACUCUG